CUCUAAACCAAAAUCAUGUUCACCUCCUACAUAAAGAGUCUGAAUGAUAUGGUAUUUUCCACGUCUGAGAGCCCGAAAGAACAGCCAAGCACCGGAGUCUUGGGUCGAAUUGGCAGUUGGUUCUCCCCAUGGAGGGGAACGGGCCCAAAGACCUCUUCUGAAAAUGCUUUCUCAACUUCUGAGUCAGAGGGGGAAGAGGACGGCGAGGAGUAUGUGAACGCCCAGACAGGAGAACAACAGUGGGAGGACGAGAAUCCCAGACCAAAGCCUCUCUUCAGGGACAUUUUCCCCCGCGAAGAGGAGGACGCCACGCAGUCUGCCCACAGAGACGGCUCUGUUGUGAGCAGCGCUGAGACAGAGCCAGGAGGUCCAGAAAAGGAGGAGCUUGCGGUUUGCAGGGAGCAGAGAAAAGGGCAGGGCGAGAGGAGGGAGGAGAAACGGAGCGGUGCUUCAACGACCGGGAUUCCUGAGGAGAAUGCCACUCAUCUGACACAUCUCUCUGCGCCUGGCAAACAGGGAGUGGUACGGAACUUUGACCAGGCCCGCACCCAGUCUCAGGCCCGGAGACGAGCGCAGGCCCAGACAGGAAAGAGGCUCCAUGUGUACCUGGAGGAGACCAGCGUGAUUCACUGUGGGCAAGACCAGAACGCCGAGCAGGAAGUUUUCCGCACCACAUUCACUAAAAGCCUACACGUCCUCCCCAAGUUAAAAUCAUCAUCAGGUGUUGAUUCAGAGGAGGCAAGGACAAAUGUGAGGCCUGCCGUUGAGCCACAGUGUCAUCACAGUGCUCCGGAGGGGGCGUCACUGAAGGCAAACAAAGACUCGCAGUCAGAGAGCGGCUCUGACAAAGAUCAAACAGACACCACCAGCAUGGGACGUAAAAAUGCAAGCAGAAGGAGAGCCAGGAAGAACUCUCAGGGGGAUGGAGGAAACGGCCCCCAGGAGAAAUCACUUCCAAGUACUCAACCGGCAGCAGAGAGCACCACUCCACUGACCGGGUCCGAGGGCAAAGGUUCAGAUGCUCACGUGUGCGUGGAGUCGGCAGACUCCUCCCCCAAGCUCAGCUCCACCUCUCAGGCCUCACCUGGGGGAGGGAAAAGUCAGACUUCCUGCCCCGACGCGGUCAAAGAGUUGGACAACUUCCAGGAAUCAAACUCAGAACCUGCUGCCUCUCAGGCAUGUGCGGUGGACAGUUUGGCAGAAAUGGACGAGGACAGUUUUUACAAAGUGGAGAGGAAGACCGAGACGCCGGAGUCCAAACGCAGGAGUAUGAAAGUUUCUCGGAGUGAAGUGAAGAUUUUCCCAAAACAUGUACCUUUCAAGCCAAAACCAGCUUCCGGUGGGAACCUCCAGGAUACAGGCAAAGCAGAGGCUGAUGGAAGUGUACAGGCCCCAAAGAAAGCCGCUGAUGAUCCAAAGCCUGUUGUUGGGCGGCUUGCAGAUAGAAUCAACGUCUUUGAGCAGCAUCGACUGGCGGGCGACCAGAGGCCGACCUUCCGAGCCCUGAGGAGCGCCGAUGUCUCUCCAAACCCAACAGCAACUGAAAGGCUGAAAGCAGAAUUUGCCGCGUCAGAUCAGAGGUCAAGCUCGGCCGAACGUUACGGCAUGGCCAGAUCCGGUUCUGCAUCGCCUGCAAGGGAGAAACCAUUGACAAUCAAGGAGCGAGCAAAGAAAUUUGGUGAGCAAUCUGUGUCAGGGGCCAAAGUAACGCUGCCUCAGGUUCCAGGCCUGACAGGAAUCUCUCAGCAACCCACUCCAUCUGUGAAAGAUGCUACGUCGACGACAAAAAAACUGGACAUUCAGGGUGAACUGGAUACUAACCAGCAGGCACAGACAAAAGAAGUCUCAGAGACAAAUUUAAAAGCGGGACAAGAUGGCACCACUGGAGGGGUAGAUGUUUGCACUUCUAAGGCCCAAGUGACAGAAUUCAAAGGAAAGGAAACAAUGGCAUCAGAAAGUGAUAAAACAAAUGCUGCAGCUGAGGAGCAGAGUGAUUCAGCACAGCUUAGCCCACACCUUAAAGGUCCCAGCAGAACAGGCUCCCGCUCUAAAAGAAGGAAAAGCAAAGAACCAACCAGUCCUAUCAGCCCGACUAAUCAAAACAAACCAGAGUUCUUGACAAAUAAGCCGGAGGUCACGGCCGCGAAACAGGAACAGGUGGAUAUCACAGAGGAGGCUGUCUCUGCCUCCAAACAUCCCACAGAGACAGACUUAUUACCAUCUCAAGAAGCCCAGGAAAAUGCAUCGAGCAAACAGCCACCGAGCGAUACUAAACAGAAAACAUUUAACAAGGAAUCUGAGGUGCCAGACAAACAGAAGAAAAAUGCGGAUGCUUCAUUCGAACAGAAGAAUAUUGACAAGCCGGCAGACAGACAGGAGGGAUUACCUGAACUGUCUGUCAAUAGAGACGAACCCGAUACUGCUGCUUGUAGCAGCGAGACAAAGAAGCCUAUUGACGAGGGUACCGUUAUUUUACCCCAAAAGGAGGAAAAAGCAGGGAGACACAGCCUUGCAUUCACACAGGAGGAAAAAAACGGCGGUGAGAAUAACAGAGAAACUUCAGCCUCCUCCCCGCCCGCCGUACCGGCUAUUGACAAGUCCCCUGCAGUGAAGCAGGACUCUCGCAUCGAAAGUCCCAAAUUGGAUAAAGAAUUGUCAAUGCAACUGGAAUCAAAUAGCGAAGGAAAAGGAAGGAAGCCAGGUAAAAAAGAAACCCAGCAAGCACAGCAGCCUCAAAACAAAGGCACAGAAAUUCAGGCCGAGGCUGAACGUGUGGAGGAAUCAGAGAAGUUGGGAAGUGUAAAAACAAAUCAGACCGCCGGCACAGACAAAGAAAUAACACACAAGUUCCUGCCGUCAGCUGAAAAUACCUGGAAAGGCAAGGUUUUGGAGAGUGGACUUGGUAUCUCAGGGAAAGUGGGGAGCUUUGUGAGGGAUGAUGAAAGGAGAAACGCUGAAAAAAACAAGGAAAUGCAGCCAGGUGAAGACAUAACAAAACCUGAGGCCAACCAACCAGAGCUGGCCUCUCGCACAUCCGAAAAGCCUCAGGAAUCAUCAAAGCCGCUUGUUAAAACACAACACAUGGAUGGCGUGUUCAAUACACACACAGAGAAAGCUUCGGUCUCUGGUGUCGUGAAGAGUAACGAGGCCAUGAGUGGCAGCAAGAAUGAUAAAGAGCCUUGGAAGAUAAAAACAACUACAAAUGUGCCCCCCGAGCUGAAGAAACAGUCUGCAGAGGGGCCUGGAACACAAACAGAGCGGCCAGUGAUUGGACCAAAACCACAGCCGGAAUCUGUAUCUGUGGAAAAAACACAGAAUUCACUUGAUGACUCAUGUGCACAUGGAUCUAAUGACGCUGAGUUCUCCAGCAUGAAGCCCAUUACCAAAGCAGCUACAGCAGUUGAGAAAGUGACUGUAAAAGUCGGGAAUAGCACUCCGGAACUAAAACCUGGACAGAGUAAUGCGUCUAAUAAGGAAAAAUCUGAAUAUUCUGUCAAGGAAGGUUCUCCCCUUUCUGUCUCUGAAUCUGUAAGCACAGAGGGAAGAGGAAACGAUGACGGGAAAAGUGCAGCCGUAAAGUCAACGCCCUCAGGAGUCAAAGUCCCUGGAGAUGUAGCAAAACUAACUCCUAUCCAGCCACAGCCUGGGGAAUCAAAAAAUAAAGAGAGUUUAAGUAGUGCCUCUACAGUCAAAGACACACGAAAGCCACCUGAUGCCCCGGCUUCCAGCCCCACGUUACAGGAGGGAAACAAGUCAGCUGAGGACACAGGAAAUAAACUUACACCUAUUGCUAAUGGGGCUGUUUCUACAAAUUCACAAGUCUGGACGGUCAAAGAGGAACCAAUCAUUAACAAGCCGAGUCAGACUCCAAAAGCUCCCACAUCCCCGGAGGAUAAGAAGCCGAGCCCAGACUCCACCCAGCGUUCAUCCAUGAAGAAACUCCAUCUGCCACGGGGACUGGCCAUGGACGAUUCUUCAAAAUGGCAAGACGCCCCCUCGAGCUGGCUGGACGUCGACUUCCCCAAACAGAAACUUAAAGUCCAAGAGCAAAAACUAACCUCUUCAGGAAGCGAGAGCAAUCUUUUGGACACCCCCGAUCUGGACGAUGACGAUUUCAUUGCGCGAAUCAAGAAUCUCUGUGCCCCGUUUUCCCUUCCGCCGCGCAAACACAACCCCCUCGGACCGGCUCAGCCCCCAUUUGCGAUGCCGGCCAUCAGAGAGGACCGUUUCGAGAAGCUGUUUGAUCCCGAGGAGUUUACAAUCGGCUUAAGGAAGAAGGCUCAGUUCGGCAUAGACACGAGCCAGACUCUUCUAUCUAAGCUCCAAACCACGGAGACAAAAUCCUCCAUUAAGCCUGCAAGGGCCAGUAUAGCAGACCGGUGCUUGCUGCUCGGCAGUAUGGACACUCAGUCUCGUCUCAGGGAUAAGACAACCGCCAGCGGUGAAGAGGUUUUCAAGGACGAGGCAGAUGAUCAAAUCAAAGUGAAGUCUCGCCUGGAGGGAAGCUGUGUCCUCAGCAGUCUCACCUCCUCCAGCUUCAGAGGGAAGAGGAAUGGUGUUCAAGCACUGUCAGAGGGCAUCGGCUCCGGGAACGCGUCUCCCAGUGAAUCCCCUCAGGUCAGCCCCCCACCCUUCUCAAAAGCGCCCCCCUCCAGCCCGACCAGCACAGCUCCAUUCAAACCCAUGCCGGCCAAACAGAGUGGAGAGGAAGCCCAGUCUGCAGAGGUUGUGGUCACUGACUCAGGCCCUCCACUUCCUUCCUUUAACGAUUUGAAGCUGCCUGACUAUUUACAGAAGUACCUCCCACAAGAUCCAGCGAAACCAGUGCAGAGCGCACGAGGACAGGAUCAAGUCAAACCGGAGCCGACUGGAAAAAUGACAACUCCAGCGUCUGGAGCUGGAGCAGACGUGGCUGUGAAACCAGGUCCUGCACUUCCUGACAAAGUAGCUCCACGUUUCCCUGGGAUUCCUCCAACCAAGCCCUCUGCAGUCCCUGAGCUCCAGCAGCCUCCGGCUCAGCCAACAAGGAAACAUAGGAAUAAUGCACCAGCAGUCAAACGAGGAUGUCACAAGCGUCCUGGAAAGAUGGUGGUGUUCGAGAAAGCUCAGUUCGGCGGCCAGGCGUACGAGAUUCACGGGGAUCUGGCAGAUGCUACGUCUCUGCAGCUCUCACCUCUCAUAUCCGUGAAGGUUGUUCGAGGGUGUUGGCUGCUUUAUGAGAAGCCGGGCUUCCAGGGGCGCACCGUCGCGCUGGAGGAGGGGGGCAUCGAGCUGGCGAAUAUGUGGGAAGAGCCUGGACCGGAGAAGGAUCCAGCGAGCAGCCCGCCAAUGCUGAUUGGCUCGAUUCGACUUGCUGUCAGGGAUUACAGCAUCCCUCAUAUUGAUCUGUUUACCGAGCCGGAGGGCCGCGGCAGAGUGACGCCGUACCACGAUGAUACGAUAGAGACGGGCUCCUUCGGCAUCCCGUUGAACACCGCCUCCAUCCAAGUGCACUCUGGGGUGUGGCUUGUGUGCAGCGACCCGGGCUUUCAGGGCAUGGUGGCGGUGCUGGAAAGAGGAGUGUACCCUGUCCCUGAGUCCUGGGGCUUUCCGUCGCCAUUCGUGGGAUCUCUCAGACCGCUGAAAAUGGGUGGUUUGAAAGUGGAGAAUCCCGACGAAGUCAAGGCUGUGGCGUAUGAGAAGCCAGGCUUUGAAGGCUGCUCCUCGGAAAUCGACAGCGACGUUUUCAGUUUCUGCGAGGGCGAAGGAGACACGGCCACAGACGCAGCUAACUCUGUCACAAACAAGCCGAAGUCUGUGGGAUCUCUGAAGAUCAUCGGAGGAUUCUGGGUAGGCUACAGCCAGCCUGGGUUUGAGGGCCAGCAGUUCAUCCUGGAAGAAGGGGAAUAUCUGGACUGUAAUGACUGGGGAGGCUCAGAGCUGCUGUCGCUGCGUCCAAUUCUGUCUGAUUUUAUGACUCCACAUGUGAAGAUGUUCAGCGACAGAGACUUUGGAAAGCUGGGAGUGGACAUCGACCUGUCGGUGCCUGUUAUUAACAUGGACGACACGGGCUACGGCACGAAGACACAGUCCAUCGACGUCGUCAGCGGAGUCUGGGUUGUGUUUGAAGAGCCGGGCUUCUGCGGCGAGCUUUACGUCCUGGAGAAAGGCCUGUAUGGAAGCCCGGAGGACUGGGGGGCGCAGCAGCACAGACUGGGCUCCACGAUGCCCGUCCUGCUGGAUGAUUUCGAGAACACGGCCAAGUUCAAGGUGCAGCUUUUCUCUAAUCCAGGCUUUCAAGGCUCCGUCCUCACCCUGGAGGACAGCAUUGCCUCCCCGCAGGACGGUUUCUCCGUGGCUUCCUGCAAAGUGCUGGCUGGCAGCUGGCUGGCGUUUGAGGGCAGCGACUUCACUGGUAAAGUGUACGUGUUGGAAGAGGGGAGCUACCCAGAUCUGAGAGCCAUGGGCUGCGUCAACGCCAACGCCUCCAUCCUGUCGCUGCAGCCUGUUGGAUUUGAGUUCUCGCUGCCGUCCAUCACUCUCUUCGAGCGAUGCGGCCUGCGGGGGAAGAGGGUGGUCCUCACUGACGGAUCAGUCAACCUCCCGUUUACGGGCGGCUGCGCCCGGGUUCAGUCCGUGCUGGUGGAGGGCGGCAUAUGGGUUUUAUACGAGGGAAUCAACUAUCGCGGCGCUCAGAUUUUGCUGAAACCUGGUGAGGUGCUCAACUGGCACGAGUUCAGCCGCUGGAACAAGAUUGGAUCUCUUCGCCCUCUGACACAGAAACAAGUUCACUUCCGCCUGCGAAACAAGCAGACGGGCUUGAUGCUGUCGGUGAACGGUGAGCUGGGCGACGUCAAGCUGAUGCGGAUACAAGAGGAGGAGGAGACGGGCGGGUUUGAACAGAUCUGGUUCUACCACAACGGACAUCUUCACUGCAAGAUGAUGGAGGAGUGCUGCCUGAGUCCGAUUGGCAGUGUCACGAUGGCGGGAAGCCGCCUGGGUCUCAGCCCGGAGACGGCCGACCAGACCCAGCGCUGGAGCAUCACCCCCGAGGGCUUCGUCCGCUACACCCACACCUCCGAUCUGGUCCUGGAAAUCAAAGGGGGCCACCACUACGACAAAAACCAAGUGAUUCUGAACACACUUGAUCCAAAUAAACUUCAACAAAGGUGGGCUGUGGAGAUUUUGUGAACACGAGCUGCUGAACUGGAUCCUGGAUAUCAAGAGGUACGACUUUUUGGAGAUCCGAUGGCAAACCGGGGAUGUCGCUGGAGCAGCUCAAUGUUUUGCUGCUGCUGCUGCUGCUGCUGCGGAGGAAGUAAUAAGCGUCCAAUGAAGAGGUCAAUUUGGAGGGAAAUGACUCGGAUCAUGAGAACGUGCUGCGAACUCACUGAACAAACAAGCAGAGGCUUCUUUAACUUGAAAUUGUUAUCAGAUUUCUUCAGUUUACAUUUUGCCUUUUCAUGGAACAAUCUGUCUCUACCUGAUCUUAAUUAUUAUAAACAGUGUUAACACUUUGAAUCUCUCUAUGCAAUGUCAUGUUAUUGAUUAUAUAUUGCUUUAUUUUCCGCUGAAUGCAUGAGGAGAAAGAAACACACACCAUCUCUUGUGGCUUUUAUUUUUCUUAUUCCAAAGUAUACAACACAAAGUGUUUUGCUUUCAGAACCGUAACACUAUUUUUGUCAAUAAACUUCUGAAACACA